CUUGUCGAAUUAUCCACUCUUCACACAUUGCUACCUAACUCCUUCCUCGGUCCUUUCUAAGCGAGCGCAGCGCCCAAGGCCUGCAUCACAACGCUCUCGUCCCCGUGUUUCUCCGCUCGCUCGAGCACUUCGAAGGGAUCAUGUUUCUUACACUAACUCACACACCACGCUGGAGCCGGCAAUGUAAAACCGCGUACAUGUUGGCAUUAAAUACCAACCACUAGGCAAUGAAGCAAAAUCCCGAUUGUGGGAAAAGCAAUUGAGCAAUGCAAGUGCAAAAGUUUCGAAAACGGAGCUAGAGCAGCUUCUCAAUAGAAUCUCAAACGGCGACAGAUCUGGAGUGUUGUUAGAGCCGCAUUUGCAUUAGCCAAGGGAAGCACGGUCACCAUCAAGCACAUUAAAAUUACUCUAAACUGCGGGGCAGAAUUUGAUCAAAACUUCCAUGCCGCGGGAGCAUUUGAUGACAUGAGAGCGUAUACAUGAACAGUGGAUCUGAUGGAGGACUCUAUAUGCUUGUCAUUCACUAAGCUACCUAAAGGGGAAUCUCGGCUAAUCUAUAUGGGUCACGUGAGCGAGGUGCUUGCAACGGAUCAAUUUCUCGAAUGUUCUAUAGCAUUCUUGGCGAAACACCACACUGAUUUCUGUGCCCCAAUUCAAGUCCGCAGGGCGCACCAAAAUUCUUACAUCUUUCCAUGGCUUGCCCAGGGCAUUUAGUUGCAGGGCAGGAUUCUCAUGCCCUUCCAUGGCAUGCUCUGGAAUUUAGCUGUCCCUAGGGCACUCCAUGAUUGUCUAUGUUUCUGCAGCUUGCACCAGGGCACUCCAUUCCCCAGGUCACUUCAUGAUUGUUCAUGUUUCUGUGGCUUGCCGCAGGGAAUCCCUUUCUCCCCAAGGCACCCCACGAUUGCUCUGUGUUUCUGCAGCUUGCACCAGGGCAUUUAUCGCCGCAGAAUCAAAGUGAGUCAGACUCUGGUUAUAACGUGUCCUGCAACAAUUUCCCUCAGUGCACUCCCUGAUUUUGAUGCCCUUCACGGCCUGCCCUAGGGCGCUCUAGCCUGUCGAGGACGACGGGAUGGUUGCUUCUGGGCAGGUACACGGUGAUGGCACUGGCUGGUUGCCUGGACUAUUCGUCCCAGGGCACUUCACGGUUAUCAUGUCUUUCCAUCCCCGCCUCGAGCGUUCAUUCUCCCCAGGGCACUCCGUGGUUGUAUUGUCUUUCUGUGACCUAUUUUUCCUGCAACAUAGAUCUGAUGAUGAGAUCGUUUAAAUACUAUUGAGUACUCACAUAUUUAUCUCGCGACGUCACUUAUGAUGUCAUGUGCAAUAUAAUAUACCGAUCUGAAAGGCCACCAGUCAGGAGUCCCCUCUGUAGCAGUGGCAGAUGUUGAGGGUUUAAAAGCACACGAGAAUAGACUUUUGAAGUCCAUUCUCUCUUGAGUAUCGGCAUCUUCAAACCCAAUGAAACUAUCCUAUAAAUUACCACUUUCCUGCCUGACUUGGAUGGCCAGCUGAAUAGUAAGCUGUUCUAGAGUUUUCACUUCUCCCACCAAGAUACUCUCGCCGACAUUCAUUGAGCACGAGGUUUCCGGUUACUUCGUUGAUGUCAAGAGAUAAAUGUGUCCACCGGUCAUCAAUGGGGCCUUCUUCAUCCUGUCUUCGCCACAGCAUUCUCCACAUUGUUUUCUUCGAAUCUGCCGCUGAUAUUCGGAUGCAGUGAUAGAAAGAGGUCCAGUUGAUUUCUCC